UUUGUACUUGGAGAUAUUACACUCAUUAAUUUGGGAUUUUUUUUUGUUUGUUUUUUCUGUUUUCAUACAAGAAUAUUAACUCAAGCUAAAAGCUGUAUUUCAUAUCUAAUUGUGUAGAUUGUGACUAGUAUUUAAUACUCCCUUCUGUCUACUGAAAAACACAUUUCUCCUGUUUGUGAUAAGAUGUGAUUAAAUGCUUUUCUAUGUAGUUAGAUAAAUAUCAUACUUUAGAUGUACCAUACACUUUUACAAUCUACCUUGAUUAAAUAGAAAAGGAAGCAUUUUCAUACAUGACUAUUUUUGCUUUUGGUAAUAAAUGUGCAUUCAGAUGUUGAUAAAAUCCCGUACAUUUGUUGUUAGGGUUAGUUAUUUUUAUCUUGUGUGUUAUAUUCAUCAUGUCAUAGUAAUUCUUUGUUCUUAGGAAUAAACGAUUUGAUACUGUGUAGUAUAAAAUUGAUAUAAUAAUUACUAUAAAUGAUAAUUAAAAUACUAUAACAUAGAAUUAUUUGAAGAAAUACUGUGCCCAAAAACACACAAAUUAUGACAAGUACAGAUGUUUAACUUGUGUCUGUUAUGAUAUUAAUUUGUUGCUAACACUGACUCGUAACAUCUGAGAGACAUUGAUCCUUUUAUUGCCUAUUUUCUUUGACAAGAUUAAAGGGUUCCUUUGCUGAGAGUGACAGCUGAGAGUGACCGUCAUCGUUGAUCCAUUGCCCUCAACCUUCACAGAGCAGUAUCACCACAUCACCUACACACACACAAUCACCACAUCUUCAUCUAUUUAUCAAAUAUCAUUUUAUAUAUAAGAUUAUAUUAGGUUGUCUUAGAUUAGUUUACGUUACAUUAGGUGGUUUAGGUUUAGGUCAGUUUUACAAGCAUUUCUCUUGUUGUUUUUCUCUUGUUUUUAUCUUCCAUCAGCAGGAUGCCAAGGAAGUCGAGGCGGUCUGUGGUGUUGAAGCAGCGCUGGAGGAAGCUCAACCUGGAGGAGCUGAGGUCUUCCCCCACCCCCCCGGAGACGGUGUCCCCCCUGGCUGGAGAGGAGCCUUCCAGAGGGUCAAGGACCAAGAGGACCAGGGAGACCCACCCCCCCUGCUCCCGAGCUCCAGUCGGCAACGCAGUUGGAUCUUCACCCCCAGCCAAGCCUUUCUGGAGCCCGGAGGAUGUGCAAGUUCGUGCACGCCGCGGUACCGGUUACCGCCAUCGGGUGAAGACGUGGCCAACUUCGAAGCUCACUGGACGGAGCCACAAGUUGGUCAUCCCACCGGAGUCUCCUGGCAAGCAGUUUGUUCUGAUUGUUGGGGACUCCCAUCUCCGGGCCAUCGUGGACCGCUUCGCCAAGAUGCCAGAAGGAAAGUUUUCUUUUGGUAUCAUGUCGACCCCUGGGGCCCAUGCUUCUCAGCUGCGCACUGAGGUCCUACACGCUAAGGUUCCUCAAGACCCUGAUGCUGUUUGUGUUCUUGCUCCUAGCAACAACCUGACCGCGAGCAGGACCGUCGACGAGGCAGCCGUCGACUACGCCCGAUUCCUCACCGCUGUGAGGAGCCGCUGGUCGAAGGUCUUUGUGGUGGACUUUCCUCCCCGCCUGAACGAGGAUGAGGAGCACCAGAGGGCCCUUCGCCAUGCGUACCAUCGCGUGACAGCUCGUAUGGGUUUGAGGUACUUCUCUGCGGAGGAGUACUUCCCCCGUACGUGCUUGGAUCUGUGGAGCAGAGACGGCGUUCACCUGAGCGACCGUGAGGGGAUGGGGAUUCUCACCCAGCUGCUGUGGGCCUCCACGGAGCAGUUCCUCGAGACACCACCACCACCUCCACCUCCCCCGGUGUCUCCUACUCCUUCACAGCCGCUUAGGAAGGUUUCUCCUAAGCUGGUUGUGAAGGGAGAGGUACGUGCUCCUCUGUCUCCUGACCCCUUCCAGUGGAAGGUCGUUGGUCAGAGCAGCAAGCCGCAGGUUCCUGGUCCGGCCAGCGUGGCUCAGCAGCAGGAGAAGGAGUCCUUCCUUCCACUGAACCCACGGUGGUUCAGUAGCACGACCCUUUGUGCUAUGGAGGAAGUGUCUCCUUCUCAGCUGUCUGACGUGGUGGACGUCCCAUCUCCUCCAGCGCGCAAGAAGGUGGCCUCCCCAGUGGCAGCCAGGCAUCAUAGGACCACGGAGAGACGCCCCCCCCGCCACCAGUCUCCUGUGAACAACCAGGUUGGAUCCCCUCCAGCCAGGCUGUCACGGAGACUGGAGGACGACGGCCCCUCCAGCCCGGUUCCUCGGUCCAGGACCACGGAUGGAACACCCCCCCGCACCCAAACUUCAGUGACCAACCUGGUUGGAUCCCCUCCAGUCAGGUUGUCCUGUAGUUUGGGUGAUCCGGCGACCCCCUGCUGUUCACCGGUUGCGAAGAUGGCCAGGCUGAAGACCCCUUCACCGGCUGGACUGUCCCAGACCAUUAAAGCUGCAGCCUAUCACUCUCCUCGCCCAGCUAAGUUCACAAAUACUGCCUGGACACCUUCAUCGACCUGCUGGCCCUGGAUCAUCGAUGAUGGGCUCUCCACCUCUCAUUCGCCUUCCAAAGAGUGUACCAGGAGCUGUGGUCCUCUCCGGCUACGCUAAUCUUAGCUAAUGUAGUGUAGGAGUGUCAGAGAGAUGCAGACCAAGCUGCAUGUCAAACCAGGUGCAUAACAAAGAUGAUCCAGUGAGAAGGACCCUCUCUCCAGCAAAGACAACAACCCAGAAGAAAAUAAGGGAAGUAAUAUUUCAUUAAAUUCUCAGCUUUCACUUAAAUUGUUUACAUCAGUCUUUUGAACCUGUAACUAAUUUAUGCCUUUUAAAUCUGGUAAAAUUUAUACAGACUACAAGAAGAGGACCUCCAGAGGACUGCAGCAACAAUAAGGGAAGUAAUGUUUCCUUUAAUUCUCAACUUUCACUUCAAAUGUUUCCAUCAGUCUUUUGAACCUGUAACUAAUUUAUGUCUUUUAAAUCUGGCAAAAUGUAU